AUGUCCCACACCGAAUUAGAACACGGAACAAUCGGAGAUGGACGGCUUUCGUUCGCUGACGGUGAAGAUGUCGUUUCAUGCUUCUUCUUGAAUGUGUUCGAAUAUUAUGACUCCGACAACGACGAGUAUUCGAGGAGCGAGUCUCCGGUGAGUAAGUCAGAGGAGAGAGAGUGUAGGAUUUGUAAAUUGGAGGUUGGAUCGUAUGGUCAGGGCUUGAUUGAGUUGGGAUGUUCGUGUAAGGAUGAUUUGUCGUUUGCUCAUCGACAAUGUGCUGAGACUUGGUUCAAACUCAAAGGAGACGAAGUAUGUGAGAUUUGCCACUCGGUGGCGAGGAACGUGGCCGGCGGGAAUGAGAUGAUAGAGGGGGAGGAGGAUGUGGACGUGGAGGUGGUGGAGGGAGGAGGAGGAAAUGAGACGGUGGGGGAAGACAGAGAGAGCUGGUGGUGGAAGCGGCGGCUUGUGUUGAUCAUUGUGUUAAUUUGUUGGGUGUCAGCAUUUCUCAUGUACCUCUUGCAAUCCGAACUUUAG